GAAGCUUAACAAAACUCUAUUAAGCCUUUCUGUACCUUGAGUAACUCUGUUUCAACUUCGAAAACGUCAGCAGACUAUAUGUUUCUCUCUCCCUGUCAAUGGCAACCUGGUCCGCCCCUUGGUUUGUGCAGCAUCUUAUCUUUGAGACCUUGCCUGCCCAAGCGCGUUUCUUCUUUUCGCGAGUCAAAUCAUUUGCCAGUCCGAGCGGGGGGCAAAUAAACAGGAAUCAUAACAAUGCGCCGUGGCUGUCGUAUUGAAUUGUUCGCUGGCCUCUUGGGGCCGGCCUUUGUUGCACCAAGCCUGGCCCUAACUCAUGUAACUAACUAGUGUCCAAAGAAAGCCAUGCUUUAUUUUCAUGCGUGGGCUGCAUUUGGUUGGACACUCACAUGUUGGCACACUCUGAGCUUCCCAAUCCCGUUGUCAAAUCGUCUACGCAGUAAGCCCUGUCUGCAGUCCUGAGACAUUAACUGACUAGGCCGCCAACAUGUGACUUGGCGGCUGUCUUCCUGUCCUGUCUGUGGGAUGCGGGUUGCGAUUUGCAACUGCUUGGGCUGUGUUUAUAUGCAGAACACAAGAAUUCGAUCUCCAGCAGGAAAUCCCGAUCUGACGCCAUCCCGUUUGCUCCCCUUUCGUGUCGAACUUGUGCCUCUCAGCCUCGAAGCUUCGAAGAAAGCAGACAUGGGCCUUUACGUUUCAUCCUGAGUCCCCUGGAGGAGUUUCACAUUCAUGGCGUUGCUCUUCAUGUUAUAACUUGUCCUUCUUCAUGGCCUGACCCCGGUUAACCUUCUUUCUCUAUCUUUAAAAGAGUAUAACUACAACCUGCUACAAGCAACACCAUUGCGGGGUUAUUCCUCGGUUCCUUUGCUGCUAUUUAAACAUAGUCGGUUCACCUUCCCCGCGCUAUUCGGAGAUUUUGGCAACUUGCCUGUCUUCCCAAGAGUUUCCCGUCCGCUGUCCUUCUCAGUUCAUGCAUAUAUCAAUCACCAUCUUUGUUACCGUCCUGUCCAUUUCUGGGUAGGCUUCGGAAAUCUUUUAGCCCUCAUGAAAUAUAGCAAACGCAUGGUACAACAAAUUCCUUGCCGGUAUUUGGUAUUUUUCAAUGCUUGAUUCACUUUUGUUGUUGUUCGGCUUGCUGUGCAAAAAGGGUCAAUUUCUAUUAUCUGUUGCUUCGUUUUUCACAUAUCCCAAAUUACUGUCUUUCCAUAUUUGGCAAUCUUCACACCACCGGGGCAUAGUUUUGCAUUUUGAUGGUGCUACUUUGAGCUAUUUCAGUUGUUGCUCCGCUGUUUCUUUUGUCACCCUUCUAUUGACCUUCCACCACGCAACCGCACGGUUUGUUGCGUCUUCCACACCUCGAGCCUUCGGUUCCCCACCACGUUUUAAUUAAACAGGUGUGACUUCUUGCUACGACACAUAUUUGGAGCAGACGUUUGCAUUUUGGACUCGCGAUUGGGGUGUUGAGGGGGCCUUCAUUGCGUUCUUUGGGAUCCCCAGGUCGGCCACCAACUGCUGUGACGCGCACAACUUCAUAGCGCGUAAUAAGCAACGGUGAAUGUCAUAAACUGAAAUCGCGCCCGGUGUGGUAUGUGAGCAAUAUCGAAUGGAGUCUUUAAACUCCGUAAUUGCAGGCGAGCCAAAGGCAGUGAAUGCAAAUGAUGAGGCCACACACGCGCUCUCUCAAGUAAACCUUGAUGAGUCCAGCAAAGCUCAUCAAAACUCGACAAACGUAGCCAAUGGAGUCAAUAAUAUCACCCAAGCAGAUGAACGGUCUGAGAUUUGUGUUUCUCCCUCCUGGAAGACGGACAAAGAGAGGAAGGAAAGAAAGAAGGAAUUAAAACGAAUCGCCAAAGAAAAGAAAGAGCUCGAACGGUCAUCAAAACAUGAAGCCAAGAAACCCGAGCGAAGCUCAUUCAAUGAGCCGCGACGUUUAACCAAAAAGCCGCCCAGCAAGACACCCAGCAGAGCGUCAAGUAUUAGAAGCAUUCUCCCACGCUCGUCAACUGCUCCAUCAAUUUUGGGGUUUUGGUCUAAUAGCACGUCGAAGGAUGAUUCUGCCCGAGAUGAAACUGUCCCUGCUACUUCACCCCCUGAUGUAGGAGCGGAUAAAACGGCGAAUGAUCCACCGGAGUCUACCAAGCUUCUAUUCACAGGCCAUUUGCCGCAGCGUUUUGGAGGAAAAAUAACCCCGGACCCAGAAUAUUAUAAGACCUCAUCUCGUGCUACCGGUUCGAACUCACCGUCACCCAUGCCCUCGUCUCCGUCAAAUAAGCCAAGACGCCACCUUCAUAUGGCUAAGAAACAUUCUGAUCUACGUGCCGCUGCGAAGGCGUUUCGAUCCAGCGAUCCUUCCCCACAGAACACCAAUACACCGCCUACGAGAUCAUCUUGGAGUCAGGAGCUUACCCGCCGAUUAUCAAAUUCUAACGGAAAGAAGCUCCAACGUCGGUCUCUCAAAGCUGAACACGAGCCCCAUAUGUAUUCAUUACGUAGAGCUUCCACAAAUAAGGAGAAUGAAAAUCGCAAACCAUCUGGCCGAAAAACGGAGAAAAGUGUGCCAUCUACGCCUACAAGCAGUCAUUUCCAUUCUACCACGGGGAUCUCCCCCCCAAGUCCGCGCAAUAGCUCGCGAAUUACAGUUGUCCAGCCUGAGGAGAAGAUUCCUCCUCCACAUAACACAACUGGCCAACUUCAUCAUGAAGCACCUACCCUUCAAAAUUCUGUUAAUGGCACAAGCGGUUCCAGUGAACCACAAGAACAACCACCAGCUAUUUCAGUCAUACCUCCUCUCAGGUCACCACAAAAAACAACGCACACGCCCCCAGUGAGUCAACGGAAGCAUGGACGGAGACACUCAUGGAGUGAGAUAUUAACAAACUCUGAUCGCGUUGCCGGACUCUCUUUAAAACGUCGCGGUCCGGGUCAUGAACCUCCCCAGACAUCAGUGAACGGGGACAUCGACGAGUUCAAAACCAGCGGCCCUUACGAAUAUAACUAUGGCUCUAACGGGGUAUUCAAAAGCCAUGCUGCUCACUCAGAUCCUUCUCUCACACCAGCCAGCUGGCAUGUCGCUCCUGAAGACAUAGGGAUUGCUGGGGAUUUUCCGCAGGUCCAAUCUGGAUCUUCUUCCCCUAAUACCACACCAACAAGUCUCCCCGCCGAUCCAAUUGAUACCUUGAAAACCCCAACGAUUAUUGACCCCGAUAACAUGGAACUAGUGGCAACUGCUCCUACCGUCAAACAGCGUGAGAACUCCAUGCGAACAUCACCAAAAGUAAUAAAUCGUGACGUCCCAUUUAAAUCUUCCCCUUUAGCCGGACCACCUCUUAAUAACCAAGACGAUGAAAAUGCCCUGGAAUCCGCGCAAAUAGCCACUCAGGAAGAUGCUGAUACUUCUUCCAAAGCUAAGAACGGAAAAUCAGGUUUCUCUUUCUCGCGGAUCUUGAGACAUGAGAGAAAGAAGGAGAAGAGUUCGACAAGUUUCGGUCGAAGGUAUUCGCUGAAAAACAAGCUGACAACCGCUACCGGUAAAUCUAAACAACAGCCCAAAGCGUUGGUAUCUGGAUCAAAUGAGUUGCAGAGGAAACAGGACACAGAUAAAAAGACGGCUUCCAAGUUACCCUACCCAGGGGGCCUCAGAUCACAAGCCACAUCACGGCCUCCCAGUGCGUCCUCCAGACAGUUCAGCCUCAUCGCCAUUGCCAGCAACGAGAUGUCAAGCGAUAUCAAAAUCCCCCCAAAAUCCCCAAAGCGCAACAGUGGAGUAUUCCCCACUCCAGCCAGCACUCGCCCUAGUUCUGCGAGUGGUGUGGAAACCAUGAGCAUUUCAAGCAACGGCACUGAGACACCUAAGAAGAAACGUUCCAUCUCAGUCGACAUCAGUAAAAUCCAAGUACUCCAUGAACCAUGGAAAGAGCGAUUCACUCACAAAUCUACCCCCGGCCACGCAUCGCCUACACUAUCUUCAUCCCAAACAACGCCGAUAAUCUCGACAUUCCCCUCCGCAAAGCAACCAGCCACCGAUGCACUGGCAUCCAGCGAUCUCCCUCUAAGAACCCCCGAACGUCACCACCAAACCCAUCCAGGGCCAAUCUUCGACCCGCGCCCAGAUUCAUCCAACCGACGAAGCCUCGCCAACCAUGUUGGAAAUGGCCGAGUCGCUUCUCAACGUCCAGCGCGGAGGGGGACGCCUGUUGCCAAGAUGUUCGUGAUCUGUUGCCAGUGUAGGUACUGGCACGACAUGCCAUCAGACGUCUAUGCCAAACUUGCCUUCCCCAACGGGCCCCCACACCUCGAGCCCCUGAUCGCCGACGAUAGCCACAGUCCACCCCAUCAAGCACAGCACCCAACGGCACGCAGUGGAUUCGCUGCGCAUGGUGGCGGGAGCAGUAGUACCUUCACUGAAACUAGCUCAGGAGCAUCCAAUAAUGCACUGGAUAAUAAAUCACCCCGAGGUUCCCGGCCCUCGUCGUCCAGCUCUUCAUCCUCCAAUAAUUUCACGGUGACGUGCUGCUGGUGUGCGCAUCGGAUGGUUAAAACUUGCUGCGCGGGAUGGACGACUAUUGUCUAUCUCCAUGAGCGGCAUCAUUGAAAGAAAAAUUGGUCCAUUUUGCUACCAUAAUCUUCUUCUUUUUUUUUUUUUUUUUUUUUUUUUUUUUUUUUUUUUUUUAAAUAUUUUAUAUUUUAGAUUCCCAAUUCCCAAUUCUUUUAUUUUUCAUUUUUAAUCUUUAAUUUCUUUUGAGCAGUUUCGAAAUAAUGCGCUAUCUUUCAUGUUGUGGCUAUCUGAUCUGGCGAAGGAAAGGAUAUAUCUCGCCAACGUAGAGCGUCCUUCAAGGUGUUUUGCGAGGACGGUAUGAUACGAUUUACCCCUCUUUUCUCAGUUAUGCCCCUCCUUUUUUUCCAUCUUGUCCUUCUUUAUUUUGGAGCCACUCCAUUUCUCCGCAGAAUUCCUAUGUGGAGGGAUGUUUUAAGGGGAAACGAAUUGGAUGCUGAAAUGACUUUUAUGAGAAAACUAUGAGAAAAUGUUUUAUUCCCGCUCUUUGUUUGGCGUUUUUGAGAGGACAGGAUAUUUUCCCACUUAUGUGACAAUAGUAGUUUACUUUUAUAUUAUGAAUGUCAGAAGAUUGUGAGCGGACACCAGCACUGAGUUUGACAUUUUCUUUUUUGAGGUA